UUGACUCUUGUCUCCCAGAUGCGUUUUUCUCACAGGUUACUGAACAGAAAGGUGAAAAAUGGAAAUAUGUGUCCUUGGUCCAUCAGAUAGCAGAGGGACAGAGUGGGUUUAAAAGGGGCUGCAGUGCCACUGAGCUGACACCGAGACUGAGACGGACAGCAUCAUGAAGGCUUUCAUUCUUCUGGCUCUGUUCGCAGUGGCAUAUGCCGCUCCCAUUGAGGAUGACAAGAUUGUUGGAGGCUAUGAGUGCAGAAAGAACUCUGUGGCCUACCAGGUCUCUCUGAACUCUGGCUACCACUUCUGUGGAGGCUCCCUGAUCUCCAGCACCUGGGUGGUGUCUGCUGCUCACUGCUACAAGUCCCGCAUCCAGGUGCGUCUUGGUGAGCACAACAUUGCUGUCAGUGAGGGCACAGAGCAGUUCAUCGACUCUGCCAAGGUCAUCCGUCACCCCAGCUACAACAGUGGCAACCUGGACAAUGACAUCAUGCUGAUCAAGCUGAGCAAGCCCGCCUCCCUGCACAGCUACGUCAGCACCGUGUCCCUGCCCUCCAGCUGUGCCAGCUCUGGCACCCGCUGUCUGAUCUCUGGAUGGGGCAACACCAGCAGCUCUGGGAGCAGCUACCCUGAUCGUCUGAGGUGCCUGGAUGCCCCCAUCCUGAGCGACAGCAGCUGCAGGUCCGCCUACCCUGGACAGAUCACCUCCAACAUGUUCUGUGCUGGAUUCCUCGAGGGAGGAAAGGACUCCUGCCAGGGAGACUCUGGUGGCCCCGUGGUGUGCAACGGUCAGCUGCAGGGUGUGGUGUCCUGGGGUUAUGGCUGCGCCCAGAGGAACAAGCCCGGAGUCUACACCAAGGUCUGCAACUACAACUCCUGGAUUCGCAACACCAUGUCCUCCAACUAAAGUCACUUGACUGGAAGGAACAUUAAGCAAUCUCUUACUAUGGCAUCUGCUUUGAGAAAAUAAAUUAACAUGAACCUCACUCUC